AUGAACAGAAAAACAAAGUUAAGGCAUAAUAAUUCAGCCAAAGUUAAAGCAGCAGUAGUUGCUAUGAUGGUUGCUGCUACAGUGCUUGACACUGAUUUACCACAUGCGAGGAGGUGGUGGACCAGGCCUUGGUUGCAAAGAAAGGACAAAGGCAACUUAAAUUUAGUGAAUCAAGAAUUUCAAGAGGAUCCGGAACAAUUUAAACAAUUUUUGCGUAUAGAUGAGCCAACAUUUAAUAAACUCUUGGAAUUAGUUACACCUUAUAUUCAAAAAAAGGACACGUACUUUCGAGAAGCAGUCUCAUCAAGAGAUAAAUUAAUAAUAACACUGAGGUUUCUCGCUACUGGGGAGAGUUAUAGAAGCUUAAUGUAUUCAUUUAGGCAGGCAGAGUCCACAAUUUCAUUGUUUGUUCCAGAAGUUUGUCGUGCAAUUUAUCACUCCUUAUCUGAAGAAUAUCUUAAAGUACCGAAUACAGCUGCAGAAUGGCUAAACAUUGCUAAAGAUUUCCAAAAUAUUUGGAAUUUACCCAAUGUUCUUGGAGCCAUGGAUGGCAAGCAUGUUGUUUUUAAAGCCAAAAGAAGUGAAGGAUCCUCAUUUUACAAUUAUAAAGGCCAGCACAGCAUCGUACUAUUGGGCGUUGUGGAUGCUAAUUACCAAUUUAUUUAUGUAGAUAUUGGAACUAAUGGCAGGGUUUCUGACGGUGGGGUGUUUUGGAACUCAUCACUGGCAAGUGCACUAUUUCAUGAUCAAUUGAACUUUCCAGAGGACAAGUGUUUACCAGGCAGAAAUAAACCCAUGCCAUACGUUAUUGUAGCUGAUGCUGCAUUUCCUUUGAGCGAAAGAAUUCUAAAACCAUAUCCUUUCCGAAAUAUGACGAAAGAGGAACGUAUUUUUAAUUAUCGAUUAAGCCGGGCACGCAGGGUUGUUGAGAACGUGUUUGGCAUAUUAGUAAAUCGAUUUCGUAUUUUCUUAACCACAAUCAAUCUGGACCCACAAAAAGUGCAAGAAAUUACUCUGGCUUGUUGUGCAUUACACAACUUUUUACGUAGAGAGUGUAAAACAUUUGUUCAUCCUGAUGAAGAAACAAGUGAAGACUUUACAUUCCUUUAUGGACUUACUCGUCAGGGAGGCAAUCGUCCAACUAAUACUGCACUUGAGGUCCGGAAAGAAUUUACAAACUAUGUAAAUAAUGAAGGUGCAGUACCUUGGCAAGAUGAUAUUGCCUAA